AUGGAUGAUAACACCUCAGACCAUCCCUACAGCCAUGCUCUGGUGGCUGGAAUUGACCGCUGUCCCCACAAAGUGACAGCUGCCAUGGGCAAGAAGAAAACCAUCAGGAGGUCAAAGAUCAAGUCUUUUGUGAAAGUUUAUAACCACAGUCACUUCAUGCCCACAAGGUACUCUGUGGACAUCCCCUUGGACAAAACUGUCAUCAAUAAGGAUGUCUUCAGAGACCCUGCUCUUAAAGGCAAGACCUGA